CACUCACUCGCUUUUCCCCCUCACAACAUUCACUUCCUGACAACCACUGCCAAAAGGACUAACAGGCGCAGCAUAGCCCCAGAUUCCAUCACUCGAGGAGGGCCUAGAAGAAAAUAAAAAACACAGACAAGACAGAAGAGAAAAAAAGUUAAAACUGGAGCCCAGUGUUUUGACACUUUGGAUGUCUGUGUCGCUUGCUUGUAGCUUCAGCAUUAAUGGCAACCGAUGGCGAAUAAAGGAGGUUGACUCAGACAGAUUUUGUGAGAUAGCUGAUGAAUAUCAACCCACAAGCCAUCUGCAGUAUUAAUUGGAAGUUUUCACAACUUAUUCACUGAAAAUUUGCAACUGGAUCGAAGUUGAUAAAAAGCUACGAAAGAGAGUCAAGGACAACUUUCCUAAACUUGGACAAGGUGUUUAGAUUGAGCGUGGCUGCGUUGCUGGCAAGGAUCAGAGCAGCCCGACUUGGCUUGGUGGUACGGUUCUGGGCGAUGACAUACGGCGGUCCCCCAGGAUGUUAAGCUUGGAUGGCUUGGAGAUGAUCGCUGUGUUGGUGGUCAUGGGUCUCUUCAUCAAAGUCCUGGAACAAUUUGGGAUGUUCGAGCCUGUUGGUGGGGAAGACAGUGUUGAAGAUGACUUUGAGCUGUCCACUGUGUGCCAUCGCCCUGAGAGCAUGGACAAGCUGGAAGAGCAGACAAAGUUCACCAAGAAGGAGUUGCAGGUCCUCUACAGGGGCUUCAAAAAUGAGUGUCCGAGUGGAGUGGUGAAUGAGGAGAACUUUAAAAACAUUUACUCCCAGUUCUUUCCUCAGGGAGAUUCGAGUAUGUAUGCACAUUUCCUGUUUGAAGCCUUCGACACCAACAAGAAUGGCUCCGUUAGUUUCGAGGACUUUGUUUUUGGUCUGUCCAUCAUCUUGAGAGGGACGAUUAAUGACCGACUAAACUGGGCUUUUAACCUAUAUGACCUGAACAAAGACGGCUGCAUUACCAAAGAGGAAAUGCUGGACAUCAUGAAGUCUAUCUAUGACAUGAUGGGAAAAUACACGUACCCCUCUAUGAUGGACGAUGCUCCAAGAGAACACGUGGAGAGCUUCUUUCAGAAAAUGGACCAGAAUAGAGAUGGGGUGGUCACCAUAGAUGAAUUUAUUGAUUCAUGUAAAAAGGAUGAGAACAUCAUGCAGUCCAUGGAGCUGUUUGACAAUGUCAUCUAAGGAUCUGGACCAGUGAGGAUACUGGCACCAGGGAGGGGAGUGGUGUUGGCAGAAAAGGCAUCAGGACUGAAGAGAUAGAACGAGUUUGUGAAUGUUUGUGUGUCUGUGUGUGUGGCUGAGUGGGAUACAGGCCUGAGCUUGUGUCCUCGCUGAGAACUGUGAAUCCUUUGGGCGCAGAGACCAUCACCCUCCUCCUGGACCUCCAGUGGCAUUUAUUCCAGCAACGUUGGAGUUUCCAUGACUCCCAGGCUAAUCAUAAAGAACCUUAAUUAGUUUUAUCCUUAAGCACAGACAAAGAAUGCUUGCAGUGGGCUUACAGCAACUAGCACACCCCCAGGUGUUUCAUUUGAACUUUUAUUUAUUACUGUGUCUAGCGGGUCAGUUAUUACAGCCUGCAAAGGCUGGACUCAGCUGGAUCAAGUUUCCUUUGAAACCUUGAUCUGAAAUAACUUUCUCCUUUUGCCCUAAUAUGCUCGAUAUUUGGAUGUGUGAUUCUGAUCUUGCCUCUGUUGCGCUGUGCGGGAACACCUCCCUGGAGCCGAGAGGAAACGUGGAAAUGAGUCUGUGGCCACCUGGUGGACAUGACAGAGAAAGACACUUCCUAAUGGAGCGACCAACAAAUUGAAGAUCCCAGAGAGCCGAGGUGAAAACUAAACAAAAGUGUUGUUUUCCAAGAGAAACUGACUUCAGUAUCGCAUGAUGAUGUCACUAAUAUCUAAUUGCAUAUUUAAAGAAAUACUCCAAAGUCUGCUCGUCUGUCUGCUGUUCCUAGUCAUUCACAGGUGCCUCACCCUCUGUGUGUGUGCGUGUGUGCGUGUGUAUCAGGAAGCCACGUUGUCUGUCUUACAGAUGAGUCCACGCAGUGGGUCAGCACCCAUGUUUAUUCAUGGGUUAGACUAAUUUCUGGCCUUCGAAACUAUCCAGUCCUAGCAGUAGCUGUCUGAUGACUGUUGUAAUGUUUUAGCAUUCUCAGUGGAAUGACAAUUAGCCAGUGCAAUGUUGGAAUAGCACUAUAGUUGAUCAGCUUUUGACCAGUCAAACCAUGUCAGUAUGACUGUGCAAACCACAGUCAUACUGGGCUUUCAAAUUUCAUUAAAGGGAAAAUCAGUGUAUCUAAGACAGUAUGUGUGAAAUUCUUUUUACCUGAAAUGUCAUGUGGUUGUAGCAGGUUCUACCACUUCAAAAUCAUGUUUAUUUUGAAUAUAAGGCUAUUUAGCUUUUGCAGAGUUAAAAUAUGAUGAAUAUGGAUAUUUUUGCCCCAUGUCCGCCACAUUUCCCUUUUCUUAUUAUUCACAUUUCUUCCACCAAAGAGGAAAUAUUAGACAUAUGUGAGUCUAAUGGAUAUGAGACACUGUAAUCAGUGAGGCAAAAAGCACUUAGAGAUAAAAGUAUGCAGUUUGCCUGCUCACUGUCAAUGUCAUUCAACCUGCACGAUAAGCUGUUAUGAAUAUUUCUUUAAAAAUGUUUACAUCUAACAUAUAAUUUGCCUCUUUUUAUACCAGAACAUCACUGAGUUCUAACACCUUGUUACCAGAGGCACUGAAACAUUAAUUCAGAGAACCUAACAUGGAAUAGCAAUAAUGUUCUCCAACACAGUACCUUUCCAUUUCCACCCAAUCUCUCACCUCCUUCAAACCAACUGCAUUUUUUAUGAUUUUAUUUCACACAAUACUAACUCUAUGGUUUUGUUUACACAUGCAUUAUUUUUUUUAUUUUACUAGAACAGAGUUUCAGCUCAGUUAAGUUUCUGACUACAGUAAAACCUGUCUAUACCCGCAUGUACUGUGUCUAGAAAAAUGAAAAGUUACAUGUACUGAUUGUCUGGUUAGCUAGCUGCUGGUUGCAUCACAUAUUCAAAAUGUAUAUAUUUUGUACAGAGAUAAUAAAAAUCAGUUACUAUGCAACAUGGGAUGAAAUUUGAA